GGAAAGUUGACGUCAAGAUGAAUAUAAGUUGCAGAAGUUGGGUAUCGUUGGUGCAACUUGUCGUCGCAUUGCAGACAGCAGCGGGCCUACACAUCCUAGGCAUCCAGGUGCCCCGCACGGCGCUGAGCGGGGAGGCUGUGGAGCUCAAGUGUUACAUCAAACUGGACAGGGACUCUCUCUACUCCCUUACCUGGUGGCGCGAUGACCAGCAGUUCUACCAGUACUCCCCUGCAAUGUCGCCUCCAAAACGACAGUUUGAUGUACCUGGCAUCGUCAUCAACAUGCACGAGUCAGGGCUGGAGAACGUGGUGCUGGCUAGGGUAGACCACCGGGCGUCGGGGGAGCUAAGGUGCGAGGCGGUGUCGGAACAAUCCUUCGAGAAGGACUCCAAGGCCAGCAACUUCACUGUUAUCGAUCUGCCUGUACGGGCACCGAAGAUCACUGGACGUACAUCAGGCUAUACGGUUGGUGAUCUUCUUCUGUUGAACUGCACAUCACCAGCAUCACACCCGCCUGCUACACAUCACUGGCACAUCAACGGCAGACAGGCCUCCACAGAAACAGUGAUCAAGUUCCCAGGUCGCGAGGACGGCUACGGCAGGACGAGCUCCUCGUCAGGCCUGCAGAUGUUCUUGAGACCGCAGCACUUCAUGAAGGGUGCGCUGGUGAUAGGCUGCGCGGCGCGCGUCCUGCACCUGCGGGACCAGCUCGCUGAGGAGAUCAUCAUGGACGCCCGACACCCCGUUGAGGCGCCUAAGAGCCAGUUCUCGGAGGGCCGGUCUUACGGCCUCACAAUUACGGGUUGUGAACAUCCACCGCUGCUGCUGCUGGCGCUGCUGCUGCUGUGGUACACAGGCACCUGA